AUGGCAAGGUUCGCCAGCGAAAUGCCUCAGAAAGCUUCAAAGAGAGGUGGCGGUCAAAGCGCUGUGCUUUGUGUUAAAACAGGAUGGUACCCUUCAAGUGGACUUGGCUACUGCGUUAAGCGGAACGAUUCUUUUCUCAAUGCCGGUUCGGUAAAGGCCGCCUCAUCAGCUUCACUCGAAUGCGCCGCACUGGGAGGAAUUUCUGAUGGGCAGCUCAUCUAUAGUACACUGGCAAUAGCAGAAUUCCAGGUCGAUUUCUGCAAGGAACGCGUGUUACCGUGGUUUGCAAUAUUGGAUUCAAUGUGUUCGGCUCGAUUGACGCUGAUUGCAUCGGUGGCCGAUGGAGUCGAAAAUUGGGUGUAUGCCAGUCGAACCUGGAAACCAAUUUGUCCACCACUCUCAUCAAAGUUUCCGGCUAGGAUUACCUACAACUCAUUGCCGCCGUACAUGCCGUCAGCAACUGCGACUCUCACAUGCGAUCUCGGGCUUGCUGCAUCCGGUGUUUCUACACUGACCUGUACUGAAGAGGGCUGGUCACCAAGUGUUGGAUUCGGAGAGUGUCGAACGGUCAGUUCGGGAUUGAAACUCGCCGAUUGGCACUGGUUGAAUUUAUUCAGCCGG